CCAAUACUCAUCAUCAAGGAUAUAAAAAAAUGCUCCCUUUAAUUUACACCUACCUAGUACUCUCCUCAGCUUUACAUCUAGCGGAUGCAACGCCAACCAAGAGUAUUUUCAUCUUAGCCGGCCAGAGCAAUAUGUCUGGCCGGGGCGGGGUAGUAAACUUGACGUGGGAUGGUUACAUCCCACGUCAAGCUUCUUCAAACCCCACCAUCCUACGUCUAAGUUCCAAACUAACCUGGGUAGUGGCUGCAGAGCCACUACACAAAGACAUCGACACUGCAAAAGUAUGCGGUGUUGGUCCAGGAAUGUCAUUUGCAAAUUCACUCUUAAGAAAAGAUCCAAGCAUUGGGGUGGUGGCGUUGGUUCCUUGUGCAAUUGGAGGGACUAAUAUUAGUGAAUGGGUUCGCGGUGGGGAGCUUUAUAAACAGAUGAUUCGACGAACGAAAGCUGCAGUAAACGAAGGAGGGAUCAUCCGUGGGUUGUUGUGGUAUCAAGGGGAAAGUGAUACGUUAAAUAUUGAAGAUGCACAGGCAUACAAGAGUAGAUUGCAUCGGUUUUUCUUGGAUGUUCGGGCUGAUUUACAUUUGCCCCUGCUUCCUAUAGUUCAGGUAGCUUUGGCAUCUAUAUCCGGACCUUACACAAACAUGGUGAGGGAGGCUCAACUAGGACUAAAGCUUGUGAACUUAAGGACCGUUGAUGCAAUGGGGCUAAGUAUGCAACAACCAGAAAACUUGCACCUCACUACACCAGCUCAAGUGUCUCUUGGAAAAAUGUUGACAAAUGCCUUCAUGCGAAUUGGCCAUCGCAAGUCAUAAUCCAAUCUAAACUUGUUUCUGAUAAGAAAGUAAUAAUAUUUUACAGAAUAUGAACAUAGACAACUUUAUUUCAAAUUAUAGUUUUAUAAGUUAAAAUUCAUACUUUAUCUAAUAGCAGAAGUAUCAACC